AUGUUGAGGAAGCUUCGUACCACGAAAGCUGAAUGCAAAACAGCUUUCGCUAAUUACAGCCAAGUGGCGUUGUCCAUACUGGAGGACACGGAAAGCCCACUGCCACCGACAACUAUUAGCCUGGCGGGAACCGCCAACUUGGCCGUGGUUUUCGUCAAUGGGCAUGGCUUCUCCCAUAAACUGUCUGCGUUACGGAGCCGGUGUUUGCUUAUUGCACGUCUCUUGCAGAUUCACCGUCUCGAUACGGUCAAGGCGCGGGAGGAGCGACAGCGGAAUGGAUGUAAUGAGAUUGAGCUUGAAGUUCAGCGGAGGAUUUGGUGGCAUAUGGUCGCGGAUGAUUGGCUAAUGAGCUUUGCUGGAGGCCCGUUUGAUGGUGUCUACUCUUUUCAUCCGCAGCACAUGAAAGUGGACUAUCCGAAGAAUGUCGAUGAUCACCAUAUCGUGGCCUCUAUGCCAGUGCCCGACUUGCCACUCUCUACACCAACAGCGAUGUCUACUUUUUUAGCACGCGUCAGAUUUGCCACCCUCUGUCGCGAGAUUGUAGACAUCAUGGGGCCAACAUUGCUGGAGGGUAACGAACCCGAGUACAGUGUCGUCUUAGAAAUAGGACAAAAGCUGCAGAAUCACCUUGAUGAACUCCCUCCUUUUCUCAGACUAGAUCCUGAUAGUAUAAGGAUGAGCCAGGAUGCUUGCGCGCAGGGACCCGAUCUUGCGUUGCAACGGCUCGCCACCAACUUUAGUAUUCACGCACGCAUUUGCCGACUUCAUCGCCUGUAUCACCUAGAGGGUUCGCUGAAUCCAGAGUACGCAUACUCACGAACCAUGUGCAUCCGGUCUGCCCAUCGGGUCCUGGAGCUGAGGCGAGCUAUGGACCAAGUUGGGACAGAAGCAGGCUGCCAUCCAGCCCGUUUUUGGAAGAUUACACAACACGUAUUCCUCGCGGCCUUAACCCUAGCCACAGACGUGUCCAUUAAUCCCGAGGGACCGGAUGCGGAGGACAGGAAGGCCAAAGUGAUGGCGGCAUAUAGAACUUUGGAGAGUUCUAAAGAGGACUCAAUCACGCUUGUGGAGACAAUCCAGAAGAACUUACAGUCUCUGAUGACAACUUUAGAGUCAAGGCGAACGGCGAAUCCGCUGUCAUUGCGUAGAGCUCAAGUGUCACGGAGACCCGAAGCAGUGAUAGCGCAACAUUCUCUUCCCCAACACCCGCCACGACUUGAGCCGAUCGCACCAGAGGUGAGCGAUGAGCCUGUAUUGGGUUCAAUGAACCAGAACAUUCCGACUUCAGUUGAUGGUAGCGUUUCUGCAAUGGAUAGCGGCAGCUCUGGGGUGGAUCAGCUAUGGGACGACUUCUGGGCAGUGGCCCCAGAGUUGGAGCCUACAGACUGGAACAUGUUGCUAGAAGAUAUGUACACGGACUGGGAGCCCAGCAUACAAUAG